AUGUACUUGGCUGUAGAUGAGUAUCUAUUUAUCUAUCUAUCUAUCUAUAUGCUCGGGAUUGGCAAAUAUAGCAGUCAUACCUCACUUGAAUCAACUGUCCUUAUCCUAAUGGACCGGUCAGAGAAUAAUAAGAAUGAGCCCAAAUGGAUCCGCGGGGUCUACCUCUGCGCUCAAGUGUCAUCGGCCAUCUUUUUGCUCAACACUAUUCUUCUUGCUGCUAUGGCUAUCUUGUCCCGUCGCUACCCAUCCGAGGGGGACUUUUCCAGUUCUCUAGUUGCCUACCGGGGCGACUGCGACGUUGCCGAACGAUGGAACACUGCACUACAUGUCAUUAUUAAUAUAUUAAGCACUGUUAUUCUAGCAGCAAGCAACUAUUGCAUGCAGAGGCUUGUUGCUCCCACGCGGGAGGAGAUUGAUGCCCGCCAUGCCCAAUUCAAGUGGCUGGAUAUUGGCUCCGGUAGCAUCCGCAACCUGUUCAUUGUCAACCGCUAUCGAUGUGUUCUCGCGCUGCUCUUGUUGAUUACAACAACCCCUUUUCAUCUGUUGUAUAACUCCAUGGUCUUUCACUCCUGGGCUAUUGGCCAAUACACCAUAGUUCUAGCGCCUCAUGAUCUCAACUCGACUAAUGUCCAGGAUCUCACGACGCCCGCCCUGCAAGAGUGCUUUGCGCCUCCUAAUCAACCAUUCCAAGCAGCGUCCUCGCCACCAUUGAGCUGGACCGCAUUUGCGUCCACCAUCCGCCAGGGGAAUUAUCAGCGACUAUCCAUUGAGCAGUGCCAGGGCAUUAUAUAUGGCGAGUGGAAUGAUGGGGUCCGGCUGCUGGUCCUCCUCGGGGAUAACCUCACAGUCAGCCAAGGGGGAGAUGCGGCGGUGCGCUUUGCAAUGCCUGUUGACACACUAACGUAUAAUGGCUCCAACCAUCUUCACUCAGUGGCUCUCACCACCUCCUUCUCUACCCAGGAAAAUAAUAGUUCACAAUGUACGGAUACAACACCGUUCGCCGACGCCCUCCCGGGCACGCCUGGGCUUCAAGAGUACCCCUUCUCAGAGUGCCUGGCGGUCCGCAGUCAUGGGAACUGUGAGGCGCGCUUCAGCCCUCUAAUUGCUACUGCCAUUUCGCUGGCGACACUGGUUAAGGUGACGGUGAUGUUCCUGGCUGCCAGAAUUGGCCGUGGGCGUGCGCGGCCCCUAUUAACGAUAGGCGAUGCUAUCCACUCAUUUCUACAACACCCCGAUCCCACAACACAGGGGCUGUGUUGGAUGUCCAAGGCAGAUCUAGGCGCCUCUCACGCCCCGGCCGCUGGCUAUAGCUAUCUGCGGCCAUUUAGCAGAGACGCGCUCAGAAAUUUCCAGGCCACAAACCUCAAAAACCAAGAAUCUAUCAAAACGCACCCGGGACUCCAUUCCCUGGGCACGCUGAUUGCAGCCAACCUGCCGCAGCUGGCCGUGACCCUCAUUUCUCUGGGCUAUAGCAAUAUCCUGGCGAGUAUACUUGCUGCCGCCGAGUAUAGCUCUUAUGGGGCUGCUCCCAAGCCGCUACGAGUGACGUGGCCAGCCAAAGACAGCGAGCAGCAGUCAACAUACCUGCUGGGCAUGCCAUUCAAGUACAGCCUCCCCCUCUUGAUUGGCAAUACGGCUCUUCACUGGCUGGCUUCGCAGAGCAUGUUCUUUGCCGUGUUCAUCCCGUACACCAGGCAAGGCCAGAUGGACACAGGGCUCACGAAGAGCUUUAUUUGUAUUUCCACCACGGCUAUCGCUCUGGGGGCUAUCCUGCUGGCUCUCAUGGUGUGUAUAUUGGGUGUUCUAGCAUUCAGAAGAUUCAGCUCUGAAAUUCCCAUUGCAGGGUCCUGCAGUGCUGCUAUCAGUGCGGCCUGCCACCCUGCUAGAAAUGAGGAUUCACAUACCGUUGCCUUGGGUGUGGUGAUGUGGGGGGAAACUACACAGCCUGCACUUAGAGAUGCUAUACAUGAUAGCACAGGUACAUUUUCACAGCCAAGUACACAGACUGGACACUGCAGUUUCACCUCAUUUCCUGCAGUGAGACCCAGGCCUAAUAAGCUGUAUGCCUAAUGACUGGAUAAUGUUAAUCAAAGC